AUAGAAGUUUACCCAUAGGAGAGAAGGGAGGCUGGUUUUUGGGAGGUCCAAUCUAUCUAUGCUUUGCUUGCAGAGUUCAAUGGAUCGUUGAUCGAUUCAAGACCGAUUUGAUUCGAUCUUCUUCUCUUCUCGUCCCUGAGCCUUCCCCGAUUUCCUUUUUCCAGCACCAUGUCUCAAUACCAAGAGUAUCACAUGGAGAAUGCAGCUGAUGAUCAUGACAUGGGAGUAGUGGAUGAUGAAAUAUAUUUUCAGGGCAGAGUAAUGGGUGACUCUGACACUGACGAUGAUGAUGACUAUGCCCAUUUGGACGAUAAGAAGACAGAUAUAUCAGCUGCUGAUGCUAGGAGAGGAAAAGAUAUACAGGGAAUCCCCUGGGAGAGAUUAAGGAUCACCCGGGAACAAUAUAGGAAAACCAGGCUUGAGCAGUACAAGAACUAUGAAAAUGUGCCACAAUCAGGAGAGUGUUCCCAAAAGGGGUGUAAACCAACGAAGAGAGAUGGAAAUUACUACAAGUUCUGGCGAAAUACUAAAUCGGUGAAAUCAACAAUUCUUCAUUUUCAAUUGAGGAACUUAGUUUGGUCAACCACAAAGCAUGAUGUUUACCUAAUGUCCAAUUUCUCCAUCAUCCACUGGUCAUCAUUGACAUGCAAGAAAACUGAAGUCCUUGAUGUUUAUCGGCAUGUAGCUCCCCGCGAGAAACAUCCUGGCAGUCUCUUGGAGGGUUUUGCUCAAACUCAAGUCAGUACUCUCGCUGUACGUGAUAAAUUCUUGAUUGCUGGGGGGUUUCAAGGGGAGCUUAUCUGUAAGCAUUUGGACCGGCCUGGUGUUAGCUUCUGUUCGAGGACAACAUAUGAUGAUAAUGCCAUUACAAAUGCAGUUGAAAUAUAUGACAGGCCAAGCGGGGCAGUGCAUUUCAUGGUAUCAAAUAAUGACUGUGGAGUCCGGGACUUUGAUAUGGAGAGGUUUACGCUUUGCAAGCAUUUUAAUUAUCCUUGGCCAGUAAAUCAUACCUCUAUGAGUCCUGAUGGUAAGCUUCUUGUUAUCGUGGGUGAUGACCCUGACGGGAUGUUGGUAGAUUCGCAAACAGGAAAGGUGGUAAUGCCGUUAGUGGGGCACCUGGAUUUCUCCUUUGCAUCUUCAUGGCACCCAGAUGGCCGCAUCUUUGCAACAGGGAAUCAAGACAAGACUUGCCGAGUUUGGGAUGUCCGGAACCUGUCAAAAUCACUAGCUGUGCUCAAGGGAAAUAUCGGAGCCAUCAGGUCUCUUAGGUUCUCAUCUGACGGGCAGUUCAUGGCUAUGGCGGAGCCCGCAGAUUUUGUGCACGUGUAUGAUGUGAAGAAUGGAUUUGAGGAGGAGCAGGAGAUUGACUUCUUUGGGGAGAUCUCUGGUAUAUCAUUUAGCCCAGACACCGAGUCUCUUUUCAUUGGAGUGUGGGACCGCACCUAUGGUAGCCUCCUUCAGUACAACAGAUCCAGAAAAUACUCAUAUCUCGACUCCGUGUUGUGAAAUCAUCCUCAUAAAAUGUAUGCAUGGAGUGUUUAUCCUUUGGGUGGUGUACAUGCAGAUAGGGACAGUGACCCCAUUGGCAUAAAUGUUUUGAAGAAGGGGGUCAAUAUGUUUUUAGCUUUAUGGUUCAAUUUCUACCUUCUUGUGGUGCUUCAGGGUCUCAAUAAUGUCAGUGUUAUAGGGGAGAGGAGGAUGGUUGUUCUGUGAGGCGUAAAACGAUAAUGAUUGUGUAUAUGCUAGCUAAUCUUUGAAUUAGUUGAUAUUAUGGAACUUUGUUACUGAACUUAUAGCCGUUUGAUUAUGGGGAUGUGAAUAAGGAGUUUUCUUUCUUUAGUCAAAA